AUGGGCUGCAACUCCACAGAGUACAAUGGCCGUUCUCUUUUAUUUGAUGUCAGUCUUCCUGUCACAUGGUCCAGGGAUGACAUCACAGAGGUCAAAUGGGUGGAGUUAGGGGCUGCGGUGGAGGUGGUAGCUUUGUUUGGGUCAUGUCCGGCUCUGUUUUGUACUGAAGCCCUGAAGCUACAGCAGGUGGGACGACCCAAACACAGACAAGGCUUUGUAGUUGGUGGCACUGGCAGGGCAUCUGGGUCAACUGGCAGCACCUGUCGGAAAAGGCAUAAGCGACCUGGAUACAUGAGAGGAGAGCGACAACCAAACGAUGAGGAAGAGGAGGAGGAGGAGGAGGAAGGGUGUGGUGUUUUGAGGAAUGGGAAAUCCGGACGUCAUACUAGCAAUGCUAAUGACGCAACAAAUACCAAGAACUUAGUGAAUCAAGCUAAUCAACUUUCAAGUACCGUUUUGCACAAAAAUAUUUUAAGUUCCACUGUUUCUACACAUUCCACUAUGAACUGCAAUGGCACAUUAAAUAAUAUGAAGUCACCGGUUUUGAAAACUGAAAAGACAAUCCCAAAAUCGCCACCUUUUGAGAGCUCUUUUAAUUCAAGUUUUAGUUUUAUCCAGCAGUCACUCAAUUGUAGCCAAGAUUUUAACACUGCACCUGAACCACUAAAUGACACCAGCUCAAACCUUGCAUCUUUGUCAAUAGACCAAAAUCAGGUACAAUCACUGCCAUUGGAGAAAGAGGACCAUAAGUUUUGGAGAGAUGGUCUGUGGAGCACCAGGACAGAUGGGGAUACCGGGUCAGAUCUACCUGAUAUCGAUACUCGUUCGGUGGAUACAGAGAUCACAUCAUCCCUAUCUGUGGAUUCGGACACAGCCUCGGCCUCUUCCGUCACUUCUGGAUAUGAGAGCGCCACUCCUGCCUCCACGGAGCAGGGCUGGGAGAGUCUAGUGAAGAAGUAUGACGGGGUGCUACAAGAGUGUCUGCAGAACAACCGCACACACACCAAGAUCGAGUCCAUGAUGUUGAAGCUCCAGAGGCUGCAGCAGAAAGCCAUUCAGGAGGACGACUAUGAUGCAGCUGAGAUUACAUUCCUAAAAAUAGAUGAGAUUAAUUCAAUAAUAGCGGAGAGGUUUGGGAAGAAGUUGGAGGAGUUGUGCCGGGAGAGAGGCGCUCUGAGGCUGGGUUUACCGUCCCGUCAGCCCGCGGUCUCUCAGUUCCUCCAGCGGCUCAGUUUGGUGGUGAACAGCGCCCUCCAGAGGACAGACGGCGCUGCACAACACAGGGAGAGUACAGAGUCAAAAGGAGCAGAACGGAGAGAGAUGUCCCAGGAUCCUGCACAUCGUAGAGAUCGGCUAAUCCAGGAAAAAUGUCUGGUAGAGAUGGAGAUGGCUGAGCUGCAGCAGAGGUUGUCAGCACUGGAACAGAGGAGGCGGAGUCUGGAGGAGCAGAUCCAGGACCAGGACCUGGAGACCGAGUCUGAGGGUCUGGAGGCCUCAGUCCUAAAGACCUACAGCCCCCCACAGCUACAGGACCUCCACCAGACCCUACAGGACCUGCUCUCGUCACAGGACCGCAGUCUGAUCUCUGUGUCCCCCCCGCCCUCUGUACUCAGGCUUCAAGAGCAAGAACAAGCACUCAAUCUAUCCAUCAAGGAAGCUACAGCAAAAGUGGUGAUGAGUCAGAGGUUGGGCAGUAGUUUGAGGAGGAGAGUCAGUGAGACAGAGACUCAGCUCCUGGCGCUGCAUGAAGCUAAACUGGCUGCUAUCUCAGGUAAUGACUUCGGCAGUGCCAAAGAAUUGAAGGCAGAGAUGAGGGCGGUGAACCAGGAGAGGGAACGUCUGGAGGGGCUGACCCGCAGACUGCAGACCCUGAGCUCAAGCAGCAGUGAGGAUCUGAGGAGACUGAAAGAGCAGAGAGGGCAGCUGAGACAGGAGAGGGAGAGCGGGCAGGCACAGCACGAAAUGCGAUUGAAGGACAAUGCCUCCAAGUACAUGGAGCUGCUAGAGGACAGACUGCAGAGCUAUGGCUGUCCUGGUUUGGAGAGGAUUUGGGAGGCUGAUCUUGAGGCGUGUCAUCUGUUUUUACGUGGACUUCAGCUUCGAACCCCGAGCAUCAGCGGAUCUGACCCGUUGCCCUCUGACCUUUCAACCCCGACCCCGCCCAGCACCAAAGAAGAUGAGGAAGAGGAGGAGGACUGCGCUAUGCUCACUGCCUUAGGGGGGCGCUGGUGUCCCGAAGCCAACCUACAAAACUCAGAGUUCACCAAGAAGCUGGAGGAGUUUUUGUUUUGCGUGGAGGACAAUGCCCCAGAGGACGGGUGCAGUGAGGCGGGUGGAGCAGACCUGACGGAGCAGUGUGAACUCAUCAGUGACCGCCUCAUGACUCUGGAGGAGGAACUGCAAAUGGCCAUCCACAAUAGGGACCGAGCCCUAACUCAGUCCCUGGAGAAGGAGGUCCAAAAUGUGAAAGCCACUUUGCAAUCGAUGCUCACUCAGCUCCAAAAGGACGAAGAGGAGGAAGACGAUGAAAUAAAUAAGUUGGAGGAUGAUGACCUUAUGGAAAAUGGGCUGGAGGAGGAGGAGGACCAAUAUUUUAGUGACAGUUGGGACAUUUGAACUGAACUACUGCAUUUUUUAGACUUUCUUUCUGGGACUUCUCUGCAGUAGUGUCUAUAUUAACUGCACCCACAUCUGUUCUCCCACCACACAGCCAAGAAAUGUCAAUAAAUUCAACUAUUUCAAUCAAUACAAAGAAGGCAUUUUUAAUAUACAACAGAUAAGAACUUUGAAGCGUAAAUGUUUGCAUGAGGGAGAGAUCAAGAGUUAAUCCCUUAUUAAAAACAUAAAUGCAAAUUUUAACAUCCUUGGAGCAAAAAACAUUUACCUUGUGUGCCUUGUAUUACUGCAUUUUCUAUAGUAUAAUUAUUUUUCACUUUUAUAAAUGGCUGACCAAUGUUUUGCAAGCUUUGUUUUUGCAUGAAAUAUUAGCAUUCCAUUUAUUUAUGUUAAAACUUUUCACCUGAAGCACAUACCUAUCUCUUGGGUAAGCAAUUUAACAAAUAAACAAAAAACAUUUCUAACUUAAGUGUCUACAGCCAUUGUGUAGCUUCACUGUGUCUACAUGUGUAAGCGUUGUCGUUCACUUUCACUAUUUGUAUGUUUGGUUUGUUGUGAUGUUGUGAUUUUGUUAUUUAUGUUUCGAAGUCUUAAACCCUGAAGCACAAGUUAAAGACGGAUCUGAAGUGUACUUUUCUGCAGCACUAACCAUCUGUGGUGUUCUGUUAUAGUUUUGCAUUGGACCAAUCUCUAACAUUGUGCAUAAUUUUAAAGGUGCACUGUGUAACUUUUCUAGUGGAGGGUCCGUUAUUUGAUUUUACACUUAUCUAAAUUACCUAACGAUUAUCAUACAAAAACAAAUGUAGGUUAUUUUUAUGGAUUUUUUUCUACAAUAUCACACAUUUUCUGCACUUUACAAUGAACCAAAACAACAAACGUUUUCUUUUUUAUGUAAUUUUAAGUGUUUUUUUUUCCCCACAUUUGACACGGCAGUCCACUUAUAGAAAGAAGCUUUAUUAGAACAAACCUAGAGAUUUUUAUUUUUAUUUUUUUUUUUUUUUUUUGCAACAUUUGAGCAUUAAAAAAGACAUACAAAAGAUUCAAAUUUAUGGCAACCACCUCACUGAAGACACAUCAUAGUCACAAGCAGAUUACACCACCAAGCCCAGUUACAGUUCAGAUCUGUGGAGAGUAGGCAGUGUAUUUUUAGCAAUACAAAUCCAUAUAAUUGAAAAGUUAAAAGCCACACAAUUCAGCAAAGUAAUAUGGACAAAAAAGAAAAGUUACAUAGUGCACUUUAAAGUAAAACUUCCACUGUUGUUUUUGUUGUUAUAUAUAUAUUUUUUUGAUGGGCUGGUUUCGUAACAACACACUUCGACAAAAUGUCUAGUUUUCCACACCAAAUUGUAACCUAAAAUUUCAUCUUGAACUUCUGUAAGGAGAUUUUGAUCAAAGACAAAAUGAACCCGACAGAUUGAACUGAAAUGAUUGUUGCGAAACCAGCCCCUUAUUCCGACUGACUGUGGUGCUAAUGAAUGUGAGCUAACUUGAAAACACUUUAAUCCUUUCUGAGUGGCAAUAUUUGUUAAACUUUGAUCCCUUAUGUAUUUUUGGUUUUCUUGAAGGAAAUUGAAGGAAGAUAAAUUAUCAUUGGACUCAAGACAA